GAGGACUAUUUUAAGGGAAAACGAAAUUGCAGCUAACAGAAUUUACGCUUCUUUCUACCUUCCUUCCGAUUUCUUCUUUUUUGGUAAUUUUUCUGUUUCGAUUUCCAUGUAUUUCAUUGUUUGUUCUUCCAUCAAUGUCAUUCAAAUUACUCCGUCAUCCACUUCCAGGUAUAGAUCUUCGUUGUCACUGCAACUCAAGCUCCAUUUCGCAUCGCUUGAUCGAUUCUUUUGUGUUAUCAGCUGACGUUGACUUUAGAUUAUGUGAAGUAUUAGUACUGUGUAAUGAAUGCGAUUCAUGGACGACAAUGGGGAGAACAGCAGAUCCCCAACUUCUUCAACGUCUAAGUUUUCGGAUGAUGAAGUUCUUGUGGAUGCCAAUGGUGGAAGCUUACGAGCUUCCAAGAGAGGGAGAAAUGGAUUCAAUGUAUCCAAGAACAAUUUGGCGUUGCCCAGGUUUCGUACUGCGAGUCCUUUGGGAUCGCCUAUGGUUCGAUCUCCUUGCCUCACUAUUCCGCCGGGAAUCAGCCCUACUCUGUUGCUUGAUUCCCCGAUUACGCUGCUCAAUACACAGGGAAAAGUAACAUAGCCAUGUCACGGUAGAUGCAGGGAAAUGUCAGGCUGUGUGCUGCAUUCUGAAUCCUGGAUUUGCCAUCUCCAACCACUGGCACUUUUCCCAUACAUCAAAUAAAAGAUGAGCAUUCAUUGUUGAAUCCUGUAAUGCCUGAAGAUGGAAGUAGCCACGGCAGUGAGGAUUCCUACUUCAGGUUCACACCUCAUGGGGAGCUUAAUACUCUUCAAAGUCUUUUCAGGCUUGAAAAUCAGGAAGCUGACAUUGAUCGUCAAGCCUUUGAAUCAGAGAAAGCACUGAUGGAUUUUGAAUUCCUAACUGAUUUUUCAAAAGAAGGUUCUGUAUUGAAAUAUGACAUCGCUUCAUCCACUGGUAAUAACCAUUUUGAUGGAAAAAGUGUUAAUGGAAACUGUGACAAUAUGGAAAGUUGUCUUUCUGCUAUAGCUCAUAAUCAACCAUCUACACCUGAAGAAUCGGCAAAAAGAGAUGACAGUGAGACGCAGCAUCCUUUAGAAGGUGAACAGAAAGGGUCUUGCAUUCCUAUGGGAAUGUUAAGGACAUCAGAAGAUGGAUACAACUGGAGGAAAUAUGGACAGAAACAGGUCAAAGGUAGUGAAUAUCCAAGAAGCUACUAUAAAUGUACACAUCCAAAUUGUCAGGUAAAGAAGAAGGUGGAGCGAUCUCUUGAUGGUCAAAUAACAGAAAUCAUCUAUAAGGGUGCUCAUAUUCAUGCAAAACCUGAUCCCAAUCGUCGAGCCAUGCUUGGAUCCAUGCUAAUGCCAGAUGAUACUCCAGAAAUUGGUGAAGGUGGUGGAAACCGUGCCAAAGUUGAAGCUGGGCUGACAUGGAGAAACACUCAAUAUGGGGUGAAGGAUACCAAACCCAUUUCAGAUUGGAGUGUUGAUGGUCUAGAAAGGACAUCCUCGAUAUCAGUUGUGACUGAGCUUUCUGAUCCAUUGUUAAAUCCCCAAGGAAAAAAUGUUGGGGUAUUUGAAUCUGUGGGAACUCCAGAGCUUUCAUCCACACUGGCUAGUCAUGAUGAUGAUGGCAGCGGUGGUGGAGACGAUGAUGAUCUUACAACUCAGGGAAGUAUUUCAGUUUGCAUUGAAGCUGAUGAUGCUGAGCCUGAAUUGAAAAGAAGGCGAAAAGAGGGUGGUUCAAUUGAGACAAACUUGGCUUCUAGAUCCUUACGUGAACCAAGAGUAGUUGUCCAAAUUGAAACUGACGUCGACAUACUUGAAGAUGGGUAUCGUUGGCGGAAGUAUGGGCAAAAAGUUGUCAAAGGAAAUCCAAAUCCAAGGAGCUACUACAAAUGCACGAGUGCAGGCUGUGCAGUAAGGAAACACGUUGAGAGAGCAUCACAUGAUCUGAAAUGUGUUAUAACAACAUACGAAGGAAAACACAAUCAUGAAGUGCCUGCAGCAAGAAAUGGCAGUCAAGUAAACUCGAGUAAUGGCAAUAGCCAACCUUCUACUUCUCAUGUGCAACCGAACAUGGAUUUGUCCAGAAACUCAAAUGUCACAAAUUCCGAAUCACAAAUUCAAGAUCUUGCCGCCCAGUUUUAUUCAAAACCUGAAUUUAACUAUGACUAUCAGAGAUCUGGUUGUUUUGACACUUUUAGGAACGAUAUAAAACUUGGAGCUCCUUCAUUCUGUCAAAUGAAGUUCCCUCAACUGCGACACACCUUGCCUUAUAGCUCCUUUGGUUUAAAUUCAAAGCAUACUUCAACAAGCAUCUCUAGUUCUUUGGCAUCUGUGGUUCCAGACUUCCCAAUUUCCUUGCCAUUGAACCAAAACUUCUCAGCUGCUGGUUUUGAUUUUACCAAUGGAAGAUCAAUACCACCAUUUCAGGUUUUCCUCUCUGGUCAGCAGCUUAGAGAAACUGAUAGAUUUCUCACGCCCAAACAGGAGCACGAUGACGAUAACAUCCGUGCUUCUUUCCAACCAAUUGUUGAUAGUUCAAGUGGAUCUUCAUCAUCAUUGGUCUCAUCAGUUUAUCAACAUAUCAUGGGAAAUUUUCCGUAGCUUAUUCGUUCUUCACACAAGUGUAUAAGUGUAGUAAAGCUCCAUAUAGUUUCCACAGUAACUCUGCCUCAAAUCUCUUCAAGCUAUUUCCAAAGUGGCAGAAAACGUUUAAAUACAAGUACUAGUGUUAAGUUAACUGAGAACAGCAGUAGCCGAGGUCGAAGCUUUGAUCAUCUCUUGUUUACUGAUGUCCAUUCCAGAACAGACAACUUUAGGCUAUGAAGAAUGGGGUAUGGGAGAUCAUGCCACUCCUCAGAUGGCUAUCUUGCUCAAUGCUGCCUUCCACAUCAGGUGAAUAACUAUGGCCCAGGUCCCUCAUUUCCAGUGUUGUAGGUAAGUCGGAGGUUCAUGGGUCAUUAGAUAAUUAGAUAAUGUUUUUGUUUCCAAUUUUUAAGAGAAAAAAAAACGUUUGGUAAUUGUUCUCCUCACUUGUUUCUCAUUUCUCAGAAAUGUUUUCGAAAUUGAGUAGAAAUUUUGAAAUAACAAAAUCAAAUUUGUUAUUUGUUUUUGUUUUGAGUUUUUUUUUUUUUUUUUUUUUUUUUUAACACAUAGAUAGAAACAUUGUCGUUGUUACUUAUAAUAAAUAAGUAUCUUAAAAUAAAUGUAACAUAGAGAUUUUAGUAUUUCAAUUUCAAAAAUUAGUAUUCUUAUAAAAUUUUGAAGAUCAAGAAAUAAAGAAACGAUUGCCAAACAUGUUUUUCACCUUUUUUUUUCGACCAAAAAAAAAUGAAGAUCACGAUUGUUUUUUCGAGAAAAGAAACUACAAACAAGAAAUGAGAAACAAGAAACGAGAAUGACAACCGAAUGAGUCUCUGUACAUUUUUGGGGAAAUCUUCCAUCCUGAGUUUUAUAGAUCGAUUAAUUUUGAGCUGAUUACCUUAAUUUGAUUUAAAUUAUUUUAGAGAGGUGUGAGUGAUGUUAUCAAAUGCAAACUUGUUCUUUCUUUGUAAAUCAAAUAAAAGAAAAAUACAUGUAAUAAGACAAUCUU